AUGGGGUCCAAAGCCGAUCAUCUCCAUAUGCUUUUCUUCCCUUUCAUGUCUCAAGGCCACAUGCUCCCUAUGGUCGAUAUGGCCAAGAUCUUCGCCGCUCGUGGGGCCCGCAUCACCCUCCUCACUACUCCCAUUAAUGCCACCAUUAUCCGCCCCAAUAUUGAUGACUCUGUUCAUCUCCACAUCAUCGCUUUUCCUGUUGCCGAAUUCGGCCUCCCCGACGGGUGCGAGAAUGAAUCCUUGAUUCAUUCUGAAGACCAACACAUUAAGUUCUUGAAAGCUAUGUCUUCGCUCUGCGACCCUUUUGACUCUGUGCUAAGAGAUCUCAGUCCCGACUGUGUCAUUACUGACGUAUUCUUUCCAUGGACAUACCAUGUUGCAAUCGCGAGAGGUAUUUGUAGGCUUGCCUUUCAUGGCUACAGCAACUUUGCGGUCUGCGCCAGAAGUGCUUUCAAGAGGCGCAACCUACUAACGGACAAUGUCGAGUCCUUUGUCCUGCCCGACCUCCCACAUCGAAUAGAGAUGUUAAAAACACAAGUCCCAAACCACAACAACUUACCAAUAACACGAAAUGAGAUCAUCAUGAAAACAAUUAGGGAGGGGAAAGAGGUGGAAUCCAAGAACUAUGGCACAUUGAUGAAUAGUUUCUAUGAGCUUGAGUCUGAAUAUGCGGAUCGUUAUUGCAAGAUGAAGGGAAGGGCAUGGAAUGUUGGCCCAGUUUAUCUAUGCAACAAGGAGGUGAUCAACAAGUCAACAAGAGGUGGGGAAUAUUCAUCAUCUGUUGAUGAGUGCUUGAAAUGGCUUGAAAAAAGAUCAGUAGGCUCGGUUGUGUACAUCUGCUUUGGAAGUGGGGGCUUUUUGUCGGUAGAACAAUUGAGAGAAAUAGCACUUGGUCUCGAGGCAUCAAUGCAUUCAUUUGUUUGGGUGGUGCGAGAUAAGGGCAAUGAUUGGAUUCCAGAGGGUUAUGAAGAAAGAAUUAAAGACGUAGGGAUGGUGAUAAAAGGAUGGGCCCCACAACUAUUGAUACUAAAUCAUGAUGCGGUUGGAGGAUUUGUGACUCAUUGUGGGUGGAAUUCUACUUUAGAAGGGAUUAGUGCUGGGCUGUCGAUGGUGACAUGGCCAUUAUAUGCAGAUCAAUUUUAUAAUGAAAAGUUUUUGGUAGAUAUAUUGAAGGUUGGGAUAAUGGUGGGCUCAAAAGUGUACACUUCUAAUGCAAAGAUGAGGCCGAUUGUGGAGGCUGCAGCAGUUACUGAAGCUGUUAGAAUGUUGAUGGGGGAUGGAAUAGAGGCUGAGGAGAGAAGGAGUAGGGCGAAGGAGCUUGGCAAGAUGGCGAAAAGAGCUAUGGAUAAGGGAGGGUCAUCUUAUGAGGAGAUUGGAAAUUUGAUGCAUGAACUAAUGGAACGAAAGAAGCUUGUGUAG